AGACAAGGUUGAGGUGUGCUUUGGAACAUCCCUCAAGUAACAUCUCUGUCUGCUGGGGAGGUAGGAGAGGAACAGCACACAGACAGUGGCCAGAGUAGCAUUCUUCCUACAAACCUUUCUUGUUGCUGUUGUCCAGACUGAAUAUGGCCUGGAGUCUAGAGGACUGUGGACUUGAACCAGUUGGGCAUUUCUUAUCUCCCUAGCUUUCCCUUCAGCAUUAUUUUUUAAGGACAGUGUUGUAACAGCUGAGAUGCGUGGAGGAACUGAGAGUUGCAGCACGUUUUCAUUCUUAACCUGUAUUUCAGAGACCAACCAAUGAGAGAUGGGGUCUUUGUAAAGCCUGGUUUAGUCCUCAAAACAUAGCAUGCACCUGUCAAAACAGAGAUGCUAACAUCCCAUUCAGUUAGGGAAGGCUUCACUGACCCAAGGCAUCCCUUCAUAACCACAUUAUUGCCUGCUGGAGACUCCUACAGAACAGAACGGACAGGAAGCAAAGAUGAUCUCCUUCAAGCAACUGCCCCUUGAAGCAAAGGCUGCAGUGGCUGCAGGAGUGGUUUUCUUCUCCAUGAUGUUAUCACGGAGUUAUCUGGCAGAACAGCUGGAGCCCAGGACGCGGCAUUGGCUUCUGAGGCUGCAGAUGGCACUGUUUGCUAACAUGCUGAUGUUGAUAGGAUCUCUUCAUGUUUGGAAAAGCACAGUCACCAUGUUUUCCAGGUCUUCAGCUGUCACCUCCUUCUUUUUUGUUCCGUGGAAAAUAGCUGUGUUCAUGUUUCUAGCUUUGGCUCACUCGAGUUUCUUUACGUUGCUAUUUCUUGUUGCAGAAGAGCCCUAUUUCUUUUCUUUAGCUGCCUACACUUGCCUGGGGGCCUAUAUUAUUCUUAUCUUCUUCCUGUUUGCUCUAGGCUCAGUAGAACAGGCUUACAGGUUCUUUGCUGGGAGAGGUGUUAAGGCAAACAGUGGUGGUAAAAGCAGCAGAACAGCAAUGAAGCCGGUUUUGGCAGUCAUUCUGACUGCUGUACUGACUGUCAUGGGGCUGCUAAAUGCUUCCCAGCCUCCUACUGUGAAUAGAGUGGAGAUUCCAGUUCACAAACUGCCCUCAACAAUGAACAACUUAAAAGUGGUCUUGCUUUCAGAUAUCCAUUUGGGGCCUACGGUUGGGAAGACCAAGCUUGCCAUGAUCGUGCGAAUGGUUAAGGCUUUGAAACCAGAUAUCACAGUGAUUGUUGGGGACCUCACUGACUCUGAGGCAGAGAUAAUAAGGCCUGCUGUUGAGCCUCUUGGAGAGCUUAAUUCUCCUCUGGGAACGUACUUUGUGACGGGAAACCAUGAAUACUACACAUCAGAUGUUAGCAACUGGUUUGAGCUGUUAAAAUCUUUUAAGAUUCAGCCUCUCCACAAUGAAAAUGUGAAGAUUGUUUCACCGGAAAGCACUGAUGACUGGUUCUGCCUGGCUGGUGUUGAUGAUAUUGAGGCAGAUGUAUUGCGCUACUCAGGGCAUGGCAUGGACUUAAAAAAGGCUCUCAGAGGUUGUAGCAGUGAGCAUGCAAUAGUGCUGUUAGCUCAUCAGCCAAUGGCUGCAAAGUGGGCUCUUCAGGAGAGACCAGACAUAAAUCUAAUUCUCUCUGGUCAUACUCACGGAGGGCAGAUGUUCCCACUAAACGCUGGGGCUUAUUUUCUGAAUCCUUUCUUUGUUGGCUUGUACAAAGUUGGGCAGAACACCUUUGUCUACGUCAGCCCGGGGACAAUGUACUUUGGAAUACCCAUGAGAUUGGGCAGCAGAGCUGAAAUAACAGAGAUAAUUCUACGUUCUCCUUGAGGAGUUUCCCAUUUCAUGGAUUUUUGCCAUCCUUUUUAGUCUGUAUAUUGGCUUUUUCACUCUGAAAGAAAAUACUUCUUCAGGAAGGCGAUAGAAAUGUAUUGGGAUGGACUUGAGCAGGUUCUGUUAAGUCUGAGGAGAAAACGCUAUAUCUUCGGCCUAUGAAACAAAUCAGAGGGUGUGUAAAAAUACUCAAGAAAUUCCUUCUUUGAAUUCAUGAUUACUGACAUUCUACAUUUAAAGAUAACACGGUCACAGAGAUGAUGCAUGUUCUGUGCAUGUUUAUUGCGUGUCCUCCAGCUACUUCAUGAUUCUCUGCAUCAGGCAGUUGCCUUAUCAAAUCUCAGACUGGUGAGGUUGAUCUCUUGCAGUGAAAUCACACAUGCAUGCUUUGCAGGAGGGCCACAGAGUGUCCUCUGAAUAUCUAAAUUCCAGAAGUCUUAUGCUAACAAAAGUUAUGGGAAAGGAAUGGUUCUAUUUUCAUUUGAUUGCCUUUAGCCAUCUUUGAAGCAUGCUGAGGGUCUACCAGUCUGCGCUGCUCACCAAUGCAGGGAGGUGCCAACAUUAUUUCCUGAAACCCAAGUUUUCUUCCACUUGAGAUAUUGAGAGAGACUGAUAUUUAAGAAGAAAGUAGCUGUCUUUCUGCAGGCAUUUUCCUUAGAAUAACUGGGCAUUUAGUAAUUACUUUCUGAAAGCAGCUGUAAUAAAAGCAAAUGAAAAAUAAUCUCUUAAUUGGCAUCAUUUCUUUUGCUAUCUGAGCAUUCGCUACUUCCUGUUGUAAAGCACAAAGUCAGAAGUUGAGGUAUUCAGUCUCUUUUUUCCUCCUAAUUCAGUUUGUUGGUUUGUUUGUUUAUACUUAAUUUACCUUCUGUGAUUUUUCUUCUAUGAGAGUAUGGGAAUGUUACUUAGGAAACGUACAGAUAAGAUUCAAUGAGUUAAAGCUUGAACUCUGUGUAAGGUUUUAAUAUGUCAAGUAAGUGCUGUCUUCCUUAAAAGACUAAAGGCUUCUGCAGGUCAUUUCUUUGAUAUUUGCGUAUCAGUGGCCUGGUUGUCUGAUAAGCACAUAGCAGAAUAACCAACUGCUACAAGAUAUUGAGCAAUUUUCUCUCCAUCUUUCCUAGAUGAGCUUAACACAAACUAAAAUCACUCUGGGGAAUAUGAGAGAUCAGAAAAUCUUAAUACAAAUGUUCUUGUUCUCAUAGCUCCUACAAGAAAUGUAGGAUACAAAUGAAUGUGAGUAUAUUGCCUCUGAUGAAGCAGUUCUCUUCUGUACAACCUCCUCCCCUUCUGCUUCGGUGCAGCUCUGUGAAGCACCACAAGCAGCAGUGACUCUGGCACUGUCAUGGGCUUCGUAAACAAGAGGAGUUCUGUGUGAAAUUUUGAAGUCUCACUUCAUCCCUUGAGUCCUCCGAGAUGGAGUUUCUAACUACUGAGCCAUUUUUGUGUCCCCUUCUUCCCUAUAAAGGUCUUGCACUUUUACUUAUAAGAAUGUUGAGAAACACUGUUAAGGGCACGCUAGCAGAUGUAUUGUGCACUGGGAGCUUGAUGGAAAAGCUGGGCAAGUCAGUCCUCUUCAGUCUGAAAGCAGAAUGCCCAGCCUGCCAGGCUCUUCUACUUGUUGGAUCAGAUCCUUCUGUUUCCCAUCACCUGUAACUGUAGUUUUCUUCUUAACACAACAAUAUCUGUUUAAGUUUGUUGAAGCUUUCACAUGUAUUUAAUACCUACCCCCACCCAUGCUCUGUUCUUUCAGGAUUCUUUCCCAUCAGUGACACUGUGUGAAGUGGUCUGAAGUAGGGAGAAUCUCGAUAGCCUGUAACCCUCUGUCUGUUUAUCUAAAUGCCUUCAUUUAAAAGUUCUGCUCUGGAUUCAGUAACGUAGGAUGUUCCCUCUAGACCAGCAGUCCUGGUGUACAGAUUUUCACUUAAGAGUUACUGAGUUAAGAAGGCUAGUUGCUAGUUUCCUUAAGAGGAGGCUUUUGUAGGACUGUCUUUAGGUGCUGUUAUUGUCCCAAUGAGUUGCUAGUCUGAUUUUUAUUUUGUUUGCCCUGCUUUUUAUUCCAUUCCUCGUUCUGUCCAAAUGCAUGUGGAAACCUCCCUGCACUAGUCCUGCUGUCAUCAAGGUGCACAGAUAACUUUAGUGUAUGUGUGUGCUCCUCUAUGUAUCCUCUCAGGAACAGAUAUGGUCAUAUUAUCAUUUCAUAAAUGUAUUGAGUUCUUUCACUAUAGUUUAGUUCUUAUCUGGUUUUCUUUAAUUGCUUCUGAAAGCUUGGUUGCUUGAUGAUAAGUACAAUUUAAAAUGUUUCUUUCUGUGCCAAGAACACUUCAAACUUUACUCCUAUUCUUUUUGUCUUUUUAUUUUCAGUUACAUAUGGGAAGUAUCCUAGAUCAAUUGUCUUCUUGACAGCAUGAGGAAUUAAUCCUUUCUGAUAUCUCUCACGGCCAGAAAUCCCUAAUUGCCCUUCAAGGAUUUCUCUAUGCAUGUUCCAGUUUGACUUGGGUGCGUGUGAUUUAGACCUGUGUUCAGUAUUCAGAUGAAGGAACAAAAAACACACAAACCCAAACCUUUGCUGCUUAUUUUGUAUUUUUAAAAAUUCUUUUGUAAUUUUUUUUGGUGUAUGUAUUUGAUUGGUGAAUUUAUUUGAUUUGUAGAACUUAAUUAAAUGAAUAUGUAUUUCAUCCUACAGAAGGCCAGUUCAUUUGGGGCAUUGGAUGUGGGCAGAGUUAAUCACUGCCAGAGUAGUACCAGAAUAAUAUUUAUUACGGUAUAUAAUCAGUGGAGAGAGGAUUUGGAAACAUGUAAAUUGUUGUAUAACAAAUGCUUUAAAUGUUGGAAUUUAAUAAAACUUUAUUUACUUAGCAAGAA